AAGAAGACGUCACCCACGUAACCCGGAAAAGGGUCUCGCAUACAACUCUUGCUAGUACUACUUGUUUUCUGCCGGUAAUCUCUCACAAAACAACAUGCCUACUAAACACUGCUGUUAUGGAACUUGUAAAAAUGACUCUAGAUAUUACGACCGUCCACAUAUGAAGGAUGUUUUCUUCAUUCGUUUCCCGAAGCCAAAAACUCAGAGGGAUAAAUGUGAACGAUGGAUCGACUUGUGCGGACGUCCAAGAUACCAGUUUAACGCCAGCAAGGUGAAGUCAUUCACCUUCAUAUGUAGUAAACAUUUUGUUGGGGGCCAUGGUCCUACAGAUGAGAAUCCUGAUCCAUUGCCUGCCAUAGUCUGCUCUGAAGAGGUUGAACAUACUGUCGGGCGCAAGAGAAUAGAAACAACACUACAACCAAUUGCAAGCACUCCAUCGCCAAAAAGAAUAAAAAUGUUGGACUCUGAAAACACUCUUGAUGCAGCAAGCUUCUCGUUGGAUCCCCAUAUGAUGCCACCUCUAGAUGUUAGUGACACAGAAGAUAAGGCAGUUAACUCUGUUGGGAUUCAAACAGAUGCUCCGGAAACCUCCAAAUGUUCAAAAGUCAUGGUGGAUGUUGGCUGUCAGACUAUAUAUGACAAAAACACGUUGAAGUCCAAGAUUGAGGACAUCAUACUAAAGAAUGAAGAAACUAUAAUCGCGAUCAAGGCCCUCAUUUCCUGAUGUGCCUCCAAGUGAUCAGAAACCUGAGGAUGAGGCCCUCCUGACUGUGGAUGAUGUUAAAGAUAAUGCCAGAAUAAUAAAGUUCUUACAGACGGCAUCUCAACUGAUACAUCAUUG